CAUAUAAAAUUUAUCCUGAAUGUUCAGUUAUUAGUAAUUCUGGAAGCUACAGUUACUAAAGCCGCCAGAAUAGUUAGCUUCACAAAAGUUAUUUCAGCCAAUUUGUGCCGGAAAAGGAUAUCAGUUGAGUUCGCUCGUUCAGUAAAUCAGCUCAAUCCAAAAAAUGUUUAUCAAAAUAAUGUUUCUACUACCUAUGGUAGCACUUUCUUCAACACUGGUUAUGCCCAUCAAUAAAGUGGCACCCGCACUGAAGCAAUCGGACGUUUUAGAAAAAUCCAGCGUACUGGAACAAACGACUGUGGAUGAAGUUUGUGAGUCGGAUGGUGCAGUUGUAGAAGGAGAAACUUGUGAUUCGGAUGGUCCAGUUGACAAUUUGUUAGUGAAUUUGGAACUUGAAUUAGACUUGAACGGUCUUUUGAGUAAUAUUAUUUGUAUACUUGGUGGUGUUCUUGGUAGUAUUCUAAAAAAAGGACACCCUAUUGAUCCAGCAAUGAUGUUAGCUCGCAAAGAUGGCAACGAUGGGAAAUUAGUGGAUUUGGAACUUGGAGUAGACUUGAAUGGUCUUUUGAGCGACAUUCUUUGCUUACUUAGUAGCCUUCUUGGCAGUAUUCUAAAGAAAGGAGAACCUAUCGAUCCAGCAAUGAUGCUAGCUCGUAAAGAUGUUAGUGGAGGGGAUCUAGUUGAUUUGGGCCUUAACGUAGACUCGAGCAGUUUGAGUUGCCUUUUGGGCAAUAUCCUUUGCCUACUAAGUGGUCUUCUUGGCAAUAUUCUCAAAACGCACCCCAUUGAUCAAGAUGUAUUAUUGCGUGGUGGACUUUCGAGCAAUUCACUUAGAAGCGAUAACGUUCCUCUUGUUGAUUUAAGCGUACUAGCGAUUCUUGAAGGCCUUCUAUAUUCUACUAUCGAUGCAGAAGUUGCUGGAGAAAAUGGACUUCUGGACGCAAACGUUGUAGCAAUCCUCGAUCAUUUACUUGCCCUUGUAGUUUCUAUCAAUGUAAAAGGUCAUCCUGUCAAUUUAGCUGCUGCAGAACUUGGACGAAAAUUAUUUGAUGGAAUCGCUGAGAAAAAUGUUGCAAAAGUUAUGCCCAUCAAUAAAGUGGCACCCGCACUGAAGCAAUCGGACGUUUUAGAAAAAUCCAGCGUACUGGAACAAACGACUGUGGAUGAAGUUUGUGAGUCGGAUGGUGCAGUUGUAGAAGGAGAAACUUGUGAUUCGGAUGGUCCAGUUGACAAUUUGUUAGUGAAUUUGGAACUUGAAUUAGACUUGAACGGUCUUUUGAGUAAUAUUAUUUGUAUACUUGGUGGUGUUCUUGGUACUAUUCUAAAAAAAGGACACCCUAUUGAUCCAGCAAUGAUGUUAGCUCGCAAUGAUCGCACUGAUGGGAAAUUAGUGGAUUUGAACCUUGGAGUAGACUUGAAUGGUCUUUUGAGCGACAUUCUUUGCUUACUUAGUAGUCUUCUUGGCAGUAUUCUAAAGAAAGGACAACCUAUCGACCCAACAAUGAUGCUAGCUCGCAAAGAUGUUAGUGGAGGGGAGUUAGUUGAUUUGGGCCUCAACGUAGACUCGAGCAGUUUAAGUUGCCUUUUGGGCAAUAUCCUUUGCCUACUAAGUGGUCUUCUUGGCAAUAUUCUCAAAACGCAUCCCAUUGAUCAAGACGUAUUAAUGCGUGGUGGACUUUCGAGCAAUUCACUUAAAAGCGAUAACGUUCCUCUUGUUGAUCUAAGCGUACUAGCGGUUCUUGAAGGCCUUCUAUAUUCUACUAUCGAUGCAGAAGUUGCUGGAGAAAAUGGACUUCUUGACGCAAACGUUGUAGCAAUCCUCGACCAUUUACUCGCCCUUGUAGUUUCUAUCAAUGUAAAAGGUCAUCCUGUCAAUUUAGCUGCUGCAGAACUUGAACGAAAAUUAUUUGAUGGAAUCGCGGAGAAAAAUGUUGCAAACGUUCAACUUACCAAAAGUUAA